CAUAUAUAUAUAUGUAUAGUCACUACUCGCUAGUCGCUAUAGAGUGGGACACGUGCCUAUCUUGGUGUCAUUUAUAACCUCACCGGUAUUUGCGUUUACCAAAACACGAAAAACGAAAUAAUGUCAAAAAGUUAUAGUUUUGUAUUUAAAAUUUAGACUUCUCUUGAAAGUAGUUGUGGUCAGCAACUUAUAAAUCCAAAAUGAGUAAAUACCAAAAAUCUGGUUUUCGGAUGACAGUGAAACAUCUGGAUCCAAAAAGUCUUGCAUUUUCAGUUUUUACUGCUGAUGAUAUAAAGAACUUAAGCGUGAAAAAGAUUACUACCCCUGAUUCCUUCAAUGUACUUGGUCAUCCAUUAAUUGGUGGAUUGCAUGAUCCUGCUUUAGGACCUUUGACAGAUACAUCAGAUCCAUGUAGAACAUGUGGUUGCAAUGUAUACAAAUGUACAGGACAUUUUGGCCAUAUAGAUUUGCCAAUGCCUGUGAUAAAUCCUUUAUUUCAUAAAGCAUUGCAAACAUUACUAAAACUAGCUUGCUUAAAUUGUUUCUCAUUACAAAUACCUCCUCUUGCAAAGUUACUGUUAUCUGCUAAAUUGACUCUUCUCCAAAGAGGGUAUUUCAGUCAUAUUGAGGGAUUUGAGCAAGAAGUAAUGUCACAGAUUGCAGAUUCAAAUGAUGGUCAAGGAGCUGAUAUUGAAUAUGUUCGAGAUCAAAUUAAUGCAGGUCUGCAAAAAGUUCUCGAAGUAACAAGAUUUAAGAAAAGUUAUAAAAUUGCAGACUUUAACACAAAAAAUACUAAUAUGCAAUGGCAUCUCUAUGUCGACAGUUUUUUGAAGCAGUAUAGUGCUGGUAAAAAAUGCAUUCAUUGCCACGAGGCUAUAUCAAAAAUCACAGUUUUAAAAAACAAAAUAAUGAUACAGAGAGUUUUGCAAAAUGCUGAUAAAAAUGAAAGUCAAGGUGUUGUUCACAAAUUAGAACAAGUUUUUUUGAUGCCAGAUCAAACCAAAGAAUAUAUGCAGAAGCUAUGGCAGAAUGAAGAGGAAACUCUAAAAGUAAUAUUUCCUUGCUUGAAUAAUUUGACUAUAAAAAAUCCUACGGAUGUUUUCUUCUUUGAAGUUAUACCCGUAUUGCCACCCAUAGUUAGGCCUGUGAACUUUUUAGAUGGGCAAUUGAUUGAACACCCUCAAACUCAAGUUUAUCGAUCAAUCAUCAUUAAUUGUCUUACUUUGAGGAACAUCAUUCAAGCUAUUCAAGAUGGUGACACAAGUAGAUUGCCAGAUGCUGGCAAACUUGUUUACAACAACACAAGAGGUAGUUCUGCCAUUGAAAAAUUGCACAAUGCAUGGCAAGAGCUGCAAGCAAAUGUUGACCACUUGAUUGAUCGUGAUAUGAGUAAAACCACUGAAUCUGCUAACUGCCAAGGAUUGAAGCAGGUUAUUGAAAAGAAACAAGGAGUCAUACGUAUGCACAUGAUGGGUAAAAGAGUAAACUACGCUGCUCGAUCUGUCAUCACACCAGAUCCUAAUUUGAACAUAGAUGAGAUUGGUAUUCCUGAAGCUUUUGCCACCAAACUCACAUAUCCAGUUCCUGUCACACCUUGGAAUGUUGCAGAGUUAAGGCAAUUGAUACUGAAUGGACCCGAUGUCCAUCCUGGAGCUGUGAUGAUUGAAGGAGAUGAUGGCUUUAUUACAAGACUAACAGCAGAAAAUUAUGUACAAAGGGAAGCCAUUGCCAAACGACUCUUGACAGUGACUGAGAAGGCCAACAAAUUUUUUCACGGUGUCAAAAUUGUUCAUCGACACUUGCAGAAUGGAGACAUGCUCUUGUUAAAUCGCCAGCCUACUCUUCACAAACCCAGUAUUAUGGCCCACAAAGCUCGUAUACUCAAGGGAGAGAAAACUUUGCGUCUCCAUUACGCCAACUGCAAAGCCUAUAACGCUGAUUUCGACGGAGACGAGAUGAACGCGCAUUUUCCUCAGAACGAACUGGCCCGCGCCGAAGGCUACUACAUCGCCAAUGUGUCAAAUCAGUAUUUGGUACCCAAGGACGGAACACCACUGAGUGGUUUAAUUCAGGAUCACAUGAUAGCCGGUGUCAGACUGAGCCUGCGUGGAAAGUUUUUCGAGAAGGAAGAUUACAUGCAACUCGUCUUUUCCGCCCUGUCUGUAAUUCAGGGUAACCUGAUUCUGCUCCCUCCGGCCAUUAUAAAGCCCAUACCGAUGUGGUCCGGCAAGCAAGUGAUCUCUACUAUCAUCAUCAACAUUAUCCCUCGUGGCAAGGCGUUGAUCAAUCUCACCGCCGGCGCUAAGAUCGGAGCUCACGAGUGGCAGGUGACAAAACCACGACCUUGGAAAUGUGGCGAGGAGUUCAAGAAUCCCAAAACCAUGUCCGAAUCCGAGGUCAUCAUCCGCAACGGUGAACUGCUCUGUGGAAUAUUGGAUAAGAAACACUAUGGUGCUACUCCAUUCGGUCUUAUUCACUGCGUUUUCGAGCUGUACGGUGGAACCACGUCGAGCAGGCUUUUGAGCGCUUUUGGCAAGGUGUUCCAAUCUUAUUUGCAGAGGAUCGGUUUCACUUUGGGUAUCGAGGAUAUUCUGGUGAAACAAAAAGCUGAUAAGAAACGUACUGAAAUCAUCAGCGAGUGUAGGAAAAUCGGAGAGAGCAUUCACAAAUCUAUAUUGGAAGUCCCAGAAGACACCCCGAUGGAAAUUGUGACGGCCAAGAUGGAGGAGUCCUACUGGAGCAAUCCGAAAUUCCGUGCUCAGGUAGACAGAAAGUACAAGACUGCCCUGGACGUCUACACGAAUAACAUAAAUAAGACUUGUCUACCAGCCGGUCUCAUCAAGACCUUCCCCGAAAAUAAUCUCCAGCUGAUGGUACAAUCCGGUGCCAAAGGUUCAACUGUUAACACUAUGCAGAUCUCCUGUCUCCUGGGACAGAUCGAGUUGGAGGGCAAACGUCCGCCGCUGAUGAUCAGCGGUAAGAGUCUGCCGAGUUUUCCGGCUUACGAUCCCGCGCCGAGAGCCGGAGGUUUUAUCGACGGCCGCUUCAUGACCGGUAUCCAGCCCCAGGAAUUCUUCUUCCAUUGUAUGGCCGGACGUGAAGGUCUCAUCGAUACCGCCGUCAAGACCAGUAGAUCCGGUUACUUGCAGAGGUGUCUGAUCAAGCACAUGGAAGGCUUAAUGAUUAACUACGACGCGACGGUUCGCGAUUCUGAUGGCAGUCUCGUGCAGAUCUACUACGGCGAGGACGGCCUAGAUAUCCUCAAGUCCCGCUUCCUCAACGACGAGCAGUUCGAGUUCCUUGUGGAAAACCGUAACGCCAUUGCGGAUGAACAGCUGCUCAAACAGCUCAAGGCCAACGCUGACCCACAGAAGAUCAGUAAGCUCGUGAAGAAGAUUCACAAAUGGGAGAAACGCCAUGGAAGUUCUCUGGUUAAAAAUCGCACGAGUGCGUUCACCAAGUUCUCUGCAGAGCACGCCAAACCCGAUAGUUCCAAGAACAAGAUCAUCAUACCUGCGUGUGGUAGAAGUAAGGCGUCGCUGUCACUCAUGAAGAAGUGGAUUCGAACCGAUGACGAGACCAAGAACAUGUACAGAUCGCAAUGCGACAGGUGUCCCGACCCCUUAACUGCGAAGUAUCGUCAGGACUUGGACUUCGGUGUGCUUUCGGAGAAGCUCGAGAGUUUGAUCGAUAAUUACCUCAAGAAAAAGUCUGGUUCGUUCACGACCAGUAUCGGCAAAGAGGAGUUGCGCGAAGUCUUGUGCGCAAAGGUCAUGAAUACAUUGUGCCCGCCUGGUGAACCCGUUGGGUUAUUAGCUGCGCAAUCCAUUGGUGAGCCUUCGACUCAGAUGACACUGAACACCUUUCAUUUCGCUGGUCGUGGUGAAAUGAACGUCACCCUCGGUAUUCCAAGGUUGCGAGAAAUCUUGAUGAUGGCCUCGAAAAAUAUCAAAACUCCGAGUAUGGAAAUACCCUUCAAGAAAGAUUUACCAAAUCUUACGAAACAGGCAAACAAGGUGAGGCUGAAGUUAACCAAAUGCUACAUAGCGAAUGUGCUGAAGCAUAUCAAAGUCGAGCGAAAACUGGUGCACCAGCCCCAAAGACAGAUGCAGUACACGAUCACAGUUGAGUACCUGCCUCACAGGUACUACAAGAACGAGUUUGGAGUUCAUCCGAAAGACAUAAUCACGAAGACUGAGAGGUUAUUCUUCCGCGAGAUAUUCCGAGAUAUAAAGAAGGCUGCCAAGUCAACUGGUUCGAUCGUCUACUUCAACGAGGAAAAGAGACAGACAAAGAACGAAGACUCGAAGCUGGACGAGGAUGACGCAGGCGCAGAGGAUGAACCCAAGUCGCGAGGCAGGUUUGACCUAGGAGAGAUGCAUGAGUCCUCAGACGAGGAAGAGGUAGCCGAUGACGCGGACGCGACAACUGCCAGGUCUGUUUCACGUCAUCAAGAGAAUCGCGAGUACGACGACCCUGAAGAAGAAGAGGAAGAACCCGAAGAAGCGGAUAACGACAACGAGAACGAAAAUGACAAGGUGAAUAAUGCACCGGCUGCAAAUAAAGAUGAUGACGAUAACUUUAGGGUGUCGAUGCAUGGCAUCAAUAGGAUACAAUACGAGCAGAGGAAGCUCGAUAUCGUUAACAUGUACGUACACGCGCUUGACUACGACUACGAUGCCGAGAAGAAUCAGUGGUGUAAAUUAAAGUUCUGGUUACCUAUCAAAUUGACGAAUAUUGACAUGCCUACGAUACUUCGAAAUGUUGCCAAUAAAGUAGUUUUAUGGGAGACGCCAGCUAUCAAGAGAGCAUUUACUUUCCAAAAUCCAAGUGGUGAAACGAUAUUGAAAACGGAUGGAAUUAACGUCGUGGAAAUGUUCAAAUACAAUGAGAUCUUGGAUUUACAUAGGCUAUACUCUAACGAUAUUUAUGGCAUAUCUCAAACUUAUGGCAUUGAGGCAGCAAAUAGAGUUAUAGUGAAGGAAGUCAAAGAUGUGUUCAAAAUGUAUGGAAUCACGGUUGAUACAAGACAUCUAUCACUGAUUGCCGAUUAUAUGACAUUUGAAGGACGAUUUCAGCCUCUCAGUCGUAAGGGUAUGGAAGAUUCUGCUUCUCCACUACAGCAAAUGAGUUUCGAGAGCUCUCUUAAUUUCUUGAAAAAUGCCACACUUCAGGGUAAAAACGAUGAUUUAACAUCCCCGUCGAGUCGAUUGAUGUUGGGUCAGCCUUGCAACUCUGGUACAGGCGCUUUCUCGUUAAUGGUAGAUAUUCAACAACAAAUUAGCCAACUGCAUUUGCAACCUUUACCUGCUGUGAGUUGAUACCGUUAGUUCAAUUUAUGAAAAUAAAAUUAUUUUUAUAUGUAAA